AUGGGCAACAAAAUUUCUGCUAUCAACGGUGUCCGCUCUCCUAACUACUUCAAGCCUGGGAACGCCAUCAACGAGAUCUGGCUGGGGAAUUUGGAAGUCGUCUCCCGUUUACCCUUCGGUGACUCCGAUAUGGCGCAGGCCGGAUGGCCAGCGGGCGAAUGGCCGAAGAUACCGUGGCAUCAGUUCAUCAUCCCUUUGAAACGGAGGAGCAUUGAGGAAUCCACAUCAAUAACGGAUGCGCAUAAGCACGAGCUGCUGAAUAGCACGGCGCAUGCAGAACGGGAAUUUCAUAUUCAGAAUCCGGGAUUAAGCCUGGGCAAUCCUUUCACUGGUCUUUCGACCCGUGCUUCGCUUGCCGCGGUAGUGUUCUUCCUAUUCGCUGCAUUCUGGGCAUACGUAGUCUCUGCGGCGGCGAGAGACCGGUCACAGCGAUACCUUCAGUCGAUAGCCGAGUCCCGGGAAAAGCCUGUGUCUUGCAUAGAGAGGAAUGAGUUGAAGGGCAGGCUGAACAGUUGCCAUCGUGCUGGAUACCAGCGCCAUAAUUGUCCUUAUACGCAAUUUGGAGAGGAAUCAUCGAAGCCCCUGCCUAAAACUUUCGUCCUUCGUGCUCGUGUGGAUCUGGGCGAUUUGGAUAGCGCAACUUUUCUGUUCUUCUACUCAGGCUGUCGCUUCCGUAUGGCUCAAUUGGAGAAAGGCAACGAGGAGUUGUGA